AUGCAUGAUAAAUCGGUCUAUCAUAGUAAAGCUGUUACAGAGGGACAUAAUUUAAUUAAAAUUUAUGAAAACCCAGAGAUAGAUGUAAGAAAUACAUUAGAUCAAGAAAGACAAAGGCAGAUUUUAGAAAAUAAACUUAGAUUGAAACCCAUUAUCGAGUCAGUAAUAUUUUUGGGACGACAACAUAUUCCUUUUAGAGGUCAUAGAGAUCAAGGAUCUCUUGUCGUUUCCGAAGGUUCUUCUGAAGAUGAGGAUAGUCUUGUAAAUAAUAAAGGUAACUUUCGUGAAUUAAUUAAAUUUAGAAUAGAAAGUGGCGAUGUUGUAUUAAAAAAACAUUUAGAAAACACUUAA